AUGGUAUUCCGCGGAAAGCCGUCGAAAGCGUGUCAUAGAUGCAGGGAACGUCGGCUGAAGUGCGACUUGGUCAAGCCCAGAUGUACCCAAUGCUUGCGGGCCGGGCGGAAAUGUCCCGGCUAUCGGCCCCAGUCGAAUGACAGAUUCCUUGAUCAGACGGCCGAAGUGGUGUUCAAAGCUCGACUCGCAGAGGACGCUCGGACCGAGCAAGUGCAGUCUGAUCAAGCAAUGACCAAAGAACUUCCCCGCAGCCUCUCGCUGCCGAUUGAGGCCCGAGCAACAAGCUUCCUUCUCUCAAAUUUUAUUCAAGGUAGCAACUUCGAAUACCUGCCUUCACUUUACGCUCCGUACUCAGUUAGAGAGGAACAUCUCUCGGCCAGUAUCGAAGCUGUAGGACUAGCCAGUCUCUCAAAUCAGCUCAGAUCAUUGCAGGUCUCGAAGCAAGGCAGAAAGCGCUAUAUCCAUGCCAUCCAGGCGACGAACACGGCUCUGCGAUCUCCGGUCAGGGCAACGGAGGAUAGUACAUUACUCUCAGUCUUGCUUCUCAGCCUAUACGAAGCAAUCACCUGCACAACGCAGCUCACUUUGUGCUUAUGGGAGAGCCAUAUCAAGGGCGCCAUGGCACUUAUCCGGCUCCGUGGCCGUCAGCAAAUGAAUACCCAGCUUGGUCUUCAACUACUCAGUCAGACCACCUUUAGUGUAGCCAUCAGCGCCCAUCGCAACAUGGCCGCAGUCCCCACAGAGAUUACCUCUCUCGUCACCCACGGUCUUCAGUACGCAAGUGAGGACGAUCCAUCAUGGAGUCUUAAACUUAUCUCAUUCCGCGCUGCGGAUCUUCGUGCUGCGAUCAAGUCAGGCAGUCUGUCCGACCCGGACGUGAUAAUUGCGGCCGCAAUGCAGUUGGACCACGACUUUGUGCUGUGGUCGAGUACACUGCCACCGUCAUGGCAAUUCAAGACUGUUUUGGCAGAACACGCCGAUGGGACGUUGGUCUAUGAAGGGUAUUACCAUUUGUAUUCUACCCAUGGCAUUGCUCGGAGCAUGAACGCUUGGCGCAUGCUUCGAAUGCAACUCAAACUGACGAUCAGGGAACAAAUCCUUCGGCAGCACACGUCUCCCCUGCGAUCUCAAGAUUACACCACGCUGAUGCGACACGCCGAAUCAAUUAUAACACAACUUUCUUCCGAGAUCUGCGCCACCAUCCCGCAAUAUGUCGAACUCCCAGCCAGAGUUCCUAUAUCUGUGUCCAAAACGCAGCCUCCACAUUCCACCAUCUCCGAUACUCCCUUACCAAAGACAGAGAGUUCUACGUCCGGCUUUACGCAUGCAGCCCGCAGCUAUGGAAUCAUUUGGCCCUUGAUGUCCGUUGCCACUUGCCCCGUCUGCCAUAGUUCUCGUCGUGCGUGGAUAAUCAAUCGGCUGCAGUACAUUGGCCGGCAAAUGAAUAAUCCGCAGGCGCUAUUGGCUGUGAAGAUACUAGAGAGAAAUUGGGACGUCGAUAUAAGAAUGCAUCUGUGUCACCUGCUCUAG